GACGCGCGUUUGGCUGCGGGCUGGCGCGGAAUGGGCAGCUCGGCGUUUUCCUCGGCGACGAACCCUCCACCAGCACGACGGUGGACUUCCGAGAGCUCCCACACCCGAAAGCGCAGGACCGCGCGUGGUGGGGCGUGGCCUGCGGGUUUGCGCACUCUUUUUGUCUGGACUCCGAAAGAGACCUGUACGGCUGCGGGUGGAACGUGCACGGGCAAGUCGGCAGCCGAAUCGGGGAACGCCAGACUCGCGCCGGCCCAAUCAUUGCUGCGCUGCAAAAAGUCGCCGAAGCCGUGACGCACGUGGCCUGCGGCGGGGCGCACACGCUGGUAGUGUCCUCGUCCAGCCAAACGUCUACUUCCAACGAAGCGACCACGGCACAGCAAACAGUUCUGGCUUUCGGCUGCAACAGUUGCGGGCAGCUGGGGCUGUGGGACGAAGUGAGCGCCGUACGGAUCAUGCUGCGGGAGGUGAAUCCGGUUCCCCAGCCGGUGCAGCUUCCACUCGCGCCGCCGGGAAAUAACGCGGGGAGUCGUGUGCCGCGGCUGUCGUUGGUAAAUUGCGGGGAGGAGUACAGUUUUGCCAUCACAGAGUACCGCGAAGUGUACGGCUGGGGGUUGAACAACGUGGGUCAGCUGUGCCUUCCCGCGCAGGCGCGACGGUCCAACGUCGUGAUCGUGGUGGAGCGCACGGGGCCGUUAGGGCACCGGGAAAUGCAGCCGGCCGCGGAAGCCGAUGGCAUCACGCGUCCGGUUCUGAUUCCUGCCCUCACGGAAAAGCGCGUGGAAUGGAUCUGCUCGACGCAGGGGAAGUCGGUGGCUCUUACCGGCGACGGGACCGUGAUCGAAUGGGGUAUGGAUCCGCAACAGGUGCAAGCGGUUAAGUUUAUGAACUUUCAGUCAGAACCUCGUUGUUUCUGCUGAGAGUAGUGAAGAUGGCACGACCAAAAUUUGAUGUCCUGGGUUUGUUCACGGUUUCGAGUUCAAGAGUGUUGUGGCGCUUAUGCCUAUGAAUGCAUGACCAGGAUCGAGAAAAUGAAUGAAAUAUUUCAACAGCAACGGCGCGUAUCCCUGAACAAAGUGUUGAAUGCGCGGGCCCAGCAGAGCUUUCCAAACGCUGGAAACUACGAACGCUUUGGUUGCCUCCACGAUCCCAGCCCGGGCUGUGAGCGGGCAGACGCAAAUGCGCUGACGAAGAAUGCGCGGCUCGGAGAGGCGGAAAUCCGGGACAGUUUUGGCGUGAAUGCAGCUGACCUUGCGUACCGCCUCACCUCGUCGGUCGCUGAGCAGGAGGAGGUUUUCGGGCAGCUGCGGCCGGUGGUGGGUUGUUCCGCGCAAUCCGUCGCACGAAUCGUGUCCGGACGGAAGUAUUUCUGCAGUCUCUUGCGCAUGCCUUCAAGUGCGCAUCUGCGAUUGGAGGUUCGGGUAAACGACAACUUGCAGAGCGUCGCGGAUGCUUCCUUGAUGGACUACUACAGCACUCUCAGUGACGACGAAGCGGAAAGUGGAACGACGGCAGGGGUCGCUGCAAGCAUCACAUUCAAGCCCGGACGACGUGUGAAGGUGCGACUCGCACUAGAUGAACACGCGCUUGAGGAUUGCGAUUCGCCGCCGUCUCCGGUACUGUCUCCCUCGGCUAGGCAGCGAGGGGUGGCGGGAAGCGUCGAGCCCUCGUCGUCGUCAUCCGCUUAUUCGACGCGAAAAAAAUCCGUAAAGGAAGUGCUUGCGGGACAGCCGCUGCAGGUCUUCGUGAUACAAAAUGACAACAACUACGUUCCCCUGGCACGGUCCGCUUACGACUUGUGGGAAGAGGAAAUCAUUGUGCGUCCUCCCGACGCUGGAAUAUACGACUUGCACUGUUGGUUGGCCGGUCAACCCAUCAGUAACUCCCCGUUAUCGCUGCAGGUCGGAGUGGGCGACGUGAACUUCGACCGCUGCUCUUGCAGCCUGCGCGACUAUCGCCGGGUGGCUGUGCACAUGUGGACCCGUUUCCGUGUCACUUGCCGGGAUGACUGCGGCAACCUGUGCUUCCUGCCGUCCUUUAUACCCUCUUCGGCUGGAAAUAACGCAACACAAGCCAACGGGCCGGGCUUUAAGAUUGUCUCGGUUGAGGGAGGAGGAAAUAAAACACGCGAACUUGCAUGGUGGACAUCAGCGCCAGCCCCCAGCACUGGUGGAACAGCCAUUGGUUCAUCUCCCACGAAAAAUCUUGCUCUUUCGCAGCACGACGACGUGCCAGGAUACUUCGAAGUUACUUCCGCCGCGUACGGAACCUACCAGAUCUCUGUCAUGUUCAGCACGCAGGCGCGCCGCAAGGUGCAGGUCCUGCUCUCCGCUAGCUGUGAUGCUGCGUUCAAAGUGUUGACGGAGGCCUGCGUAGACGUGACGGCAGGUGCCCCCUUCGCACCUGCGUGCGAACUCACGGUCGCGCACCCUCGUUCCGUAAUCACGGGAGUUCCCUUUGACAUGACGCUCGUGUUGCGGGACCGGGCAACCGAAUACACCGACGUUUGGGCUCGCGGCAACGCUUCGCAGAACGAGGUGGCUCAACUGGAUCAUGAAGACGAUGCUUGUGCUCUGCUUUCUCUGUACCUCUGGGGACCUGUCUUCAAGAACUUUGACAUGAUGGGUGCGAAAACUGAUAAAAAUUCUGUGCCGAACAUGUUGACAUCAUCUGGCAAAAAAUCCGAAGCAAGCAGUGCCUUCUCUACGGCAGGGCCGUCGUUUAAGUUGCCGCUCGAUGAGGACGAAAUAGCAAUGGCGACCCUUCAUCCUGACGCGGCCGCAAGAACCUCUGCUGCGGCGAUCGAUGUGGUAGUGGUCGCUUGGCCACAACCACUCGACAGGGGUAGCGGUAGUGGCGCCGGCGCAUCAUCUUCCAGCAUGCAGUUUUACAAAAGUCCAGCAAAGGAGCACAGUACCCUGCAUCUACAGGGCGAGGCCACGCAGGUGGGAUGGUACGACGUCUGCCUUCGACCGCCUCCGGGCUUUGUAAGCGGAUGUACUUCUUCUGAUGCAACAUAUAGCUCCACCGCCAAUUCAUCGGCGGAAGCGACUGUUGGCAGGGUGUUCGUCGAUCACGGGCCGCCGCAUCCGUACCGCUGCACCCUGUCCGGGUUUGAAACGUGCUUGUUCGAGAAGGAUCUGCGGAAAAGCUUCGCACUUUCCGUUAUCGACGCGCACGGCAAUGCGUGCCGGCUCGGUGCGUCCAAGGCAGAGGUAGUGGUGGAAAGCUACCCGGCUAUGGAAACCAUUGCUCGCGGUACUGACGACGACGGCUUGCGCUUUCAAGUACAUCACUCCCGAGAAAAUGAUGUUGGGCAGGCGCCUGCAAACUAUAUCGGAGAAGCGGAAACAAGUGCGGCUGUGGUGAGUCAUGCGAGUUACUCACUGGACGAUGUCCUGAUUCCUAAAGCAGGAGAGUACCAUAUCCUGUGCCUCGUAGACGGGCAGCGCAUCCUUGGCACGCCUUUUGUAAUGGACGUUUUGGAGAAUCCCGCGUUAUUGCAACAAGGAGUGGAAAAAGCGGCGGCGCGCAGUCACGAACUCGAGGAGGAACGGAUCGCAAAAGUAAACGAGGAAAUUCAAACUCCCACGAUGGCAAAGCCUGCCGCACCGCUGUUUCCGGGUGGCAGCAAGGAGGCGCAGGGACCGCAGGACGCUGCAACGAAGGCUGCUCUGGUCCGCCAGCGCGCUUUGGAACGGCUGCGCAAGACGCAGAGCGAACUCCGCGCAAAAAUCAAGAGGGAAAAGACGAAAAAAGAAAAGCGAGUCGGCGGCGGAUUCCUCGUUAAAUUUGAAAAUCGCUGAACUAAUAUCUUGCGCGAAGAACUUCCAAGUGGCGAAAAACCAUAACCAUGAUCAUUCGCAUUUGAGCGAGCACUCACGCGCGAGUGCUGCGUGUGAUUUCUCUACUAUCGUGCUAAGAGGAGGACUUAGGCGUCAUAUGAG